AUGAUAUAAGAAGGUUUAGUUUUACAUGAAAAAUACGUUUUAAAUAAGUCAUUAGGAAAUGGAGCAUAUGGCCUUGUCUGGGCAGCUCUAGAUAUAACUACUAAAGAGAAGGUAGCUGUAAAAUUUAAUGGGACUAAGCCUCUAAGAAAUAAUUAAAACAAGGAAAGAUAAAUUUUCGAUGAAGACAGUCUUGUAGAUAGGAAUUCAGCUUAACAACUACAUAACAUUGGCUACGUACAUCUAGACAUCAAACCCGAUAACAUUCUCAUUUCCUCCAACAAUCUUAAUGAUGCUAAAUCGUCUAUUAUUCACCUAAUCGAUUUCGGAAUUUCUUCAAAGCUGAGCGAGGGUGAAACAAAAUUGAAAAAACGAAACAGAAUUUUCACUGGAAACAUAGCUUUUAGUUCAACUGACUAAAUGAGUGGAAAAUAAGCUUCAAGAACAGAUGAUAUCAUUUCAACUCUUUAUUUAUUGAUUUAUCUUUCUGAAGGUAGUCUUCCUUGGACUCAAGUUAGAUUGACUAUUCUUAUUAUAUUAAUGAGCUAAUAAAAAUAUAUCCAAAAAAUAUUAAGGGGAUCAGUUGGGUUAUGGACUGGUCUUAGACAUCACAUAACUGGUAUAACUCCUACUUUGAAAUGA